AUGUAUUUGCUGUAUUCGGUCAUAUUAUUGUGUGUAUUAAUUAAUCUGACUGCUGGUCAAGACCCAAACGCCACUUUGGAAUGUCACUCGGCGAUGGAGGCGUGUGAGAACGACUUGGAAUGCUCGAAUAGGUUAGCGCCAUUGAUGGCUGCCUGCACAACUGGCACGUGCCAGCCGCAAUGUAGAAAUGCCGUUCUAAACGUCUACCAAGAUAAACACGGACGAAUGUUGUUGAAGUCCGACGCCUCAUGCAUUCCUGGCAGAGAAGAGCUGAAGACGUGUCAUUUCCUCCCUAUGGCUUCUGUUGUGCAUUGCAGUUUGGCUAAAUUAGCUUGCGAAGCUGAUUUGCAGUGCAAUUCUCGAUGGGGUGUUUUUGUGUCUGAGUGCGAAGUUGAAACAACUGGUGGUGCAUGUUCGCAGAGAUGCAACGGAUUGUUGGCAGCUGCAACUGCGACACCUCAAGGACAAUCAUUGAAGACGUGCACAUGUACCGAACGUGAAGAUCAGUUGUGCAUUCAUCUGAGAGAAAAUAUUCUAGGCGCUUGCACUACGUCAACUCUAUCGUCAAUUUCGCCCAGCAACAACUCUGUCACUUCGUUCCCACGUACUGAAAAUGGUGCUGAGCCCUCCGCAUCGGAGGAAAUCACUUUCUCUUCUCUUCUUCUCUGGGCUAUCUUUACUGUUCGAACAUUUAACGCAUUUUAA